AUGGUAUCGGUUUUUGGUAUAUUAUUUUAUAUAUUAUUGCUCUAUUUUGGUUUUACGCAGUGUCAGCUUUCUUUGACGAAUUUUAUACGGCCUGCUGUGCGCCUCGACACUUCUUACGUAAACUCACGUAAACUAAGAACACGAGAAGAAACUAUUGCUGAUACACGUCUUCGAAAGUGUUGUGCUCAUUUAACUGAUGCAGACCAUGACUGCAAAACUAAAUAUUGCAGUUUUGAUGUCCUCAGUUCUUUUAAUGCAAUGGUUUUCCUAUCAAAGUGUGGCUCGAAAGGAUUAACAGUAACUGAGAUGUGGAACUGUGCAUCAUCUCGUCAUGAUCACACAAGGUGCUGUCAACAGAGCGGUGUUAUUUCGAACUGCAUUUCAUAUUGUAAAGCAGAUGGAAUUCCUGAUAAAACAUCAAAUUAUACGAAAUGCUUGAAAUAUUUAGAACCAAUUAAAAGAUGCUUUCAAAAAUAUUUGGCUCAUAACAGGAAUUUGUUUGGUGAAUUGUAG